GAUACAGGGAAUAAUGGCCUUUCCCCUGGAGUGUCUCCAGAGUGCAUCUGCAGGCAGGGGAGGGCAUGGUGGGGAGACCCUGGGCCUGGAGAGCUGGGUCCAGUCUGGGACAAGGACAGGAAUUGUGGCAUCUUAUAACUGCCCACAGAACCAGACGGUCCAGAGGUGACUGUCCUUGGACCAGUUGCUGGGGGCUGUCUGUGCCCUCUGUGGCAGACACAGGGGGACUUGGGCUGCUAGGCCAAGCACAGAGGAAUACCUGCUAGUCUGGAUUAAGCAAGGAGCCAGGUAUGCCUGGAACACGAGGUGACAUGUCCCAGGUAUGAAAACAGCCACUUCCUGGGCCAUUCCUGGUCCCUGUGUUCCCUACCCAGGCACAGCCUAAGGCUCCCUGCUAUGUCUCAACCCUAACCCUGGCAAGCCAGUAAGCCUCUGCCUAGCACCUGUGAGUGAGUGAGCCACAUGGUCAGUGACCCCAGGGUGCAGGCUUACUGGCAUCAGUUACCUGAGUCAACACUGGUGGGAGCACAAGUUGGGGUCUGGGUUCAUAUCUCAAGCUUACUGUAUGUUCUGAGGCCUAUUCCCCAGCCUCUCUGGGCUCAGGGUAUUUGUCUCUACCACGUCCACUGGACAAUGCCUAGAGGCUCAUGAACUAGGCUUCCUGAUCAUCCUGUCUUUCCCUCGUGGUCCCCUCAAGGUGAGAACACUGGGUCCCUCACCACAAGGAAGGAGCCCCAGGCCCCCAGCGUUUCUGCCUUCCUGAAGCCAGAGCCUGGGACUGCAGGACGUGAGGAUCCCAUCCCUCUUGUGCUGGAAUAGGCCCAGACUUCUUUCUCCACCGUUAUCACAGACUGAAGUUCCUAAGAAAGCCAAACACAGAGAGGACAGGAGUUCUAGGAGAUAAGACAGAGAGCCAGCCAGGAAGACAGCUGUCUGCCGACAGAUGGACAGACUGACAGUCCUUCCCAAGCUGUGUGCACAGCCUUUAAGUUCGUGCAGGGUGAGUCUCACCUUCACUCACAGAACACCUGGGACUCACCUCCAUCCCACCAUUUGAGUACAGUGUCACUGUCACCCUGCCCUGGACCGAAAGUCCCAGCUCAAGGACUCCACACUGGGCUGGCAGGUGGGGAGGGUGUGCCAGCCAACUGCCCCAGACCUUGUCAUCCUGGGUUUGAUGGUUGCCCUAGUGGAAUACACCGGAGGGUAUGCUGGGAAUACAGGUAGGAGGAUUGCCAAAAUCAAGGCCAGCCUGGGCUACAACAUGAAACCGUCUCAUGAAAACACAAGAGCAUAAGAGAAAAGAAAGCCCUGGGUGGUGCUAGCACACACCUUUGAUCCCAGCACCCAGGAAGUAGAAGCAGGCAGAUGUCUGUGAGUUCAAGGCCGGCCUGAUCUACACAGAGUUCCUGGCCAACCAGCUACAUAGUGAAAUCCCCAUCUCAAAAAACAAACGCCAAGUUGUGCUCCUUCGUCUGUGUUCAACGUCUUGAAGGCUCACAGAGCCCAGAUGGAGAGAGUACAUGCUGCUUUGGAAGGCUGAAGAACAGUCCCAAGACAGACACACUUGGACAUGGGGACGACGAGGGACCCUUAUGUGGAGGGUAGAAUAGGGCAGGUGUGACCCUCAGCAGACUCCUGAGGUCUGCACAGAGAGGGCAGGCUCUGGCACAGCUCAUCUGCUGCAGUGGCCAAGGGGGUUAAAGAGUGGCCUGCCUCGGGAGCAGAGCAGGAGGCGGGAGGCUGGUGUUUUCAAGGGUCCAUGCAAGGGACCCGAGACUGGAUCCUGAGGAAGAGCAUCCUGGACUGGUCAGGAGACCGGGGUUGUGAGUUUGACUCUGCACCACAGCUGUGACCUUGGACAUGACAUUUCCUGAGAAGUGGGCCAAGCGUGGCCUUCCUGGAGGGAGCCCUCCGGGUGAUCUCCCCUCACUGAAGCCCUGAGAGUCAGUCCUGCUGUGCGGGGGGUGGUGAUCACCAGUUUCUGUUUCCUGGUGACCCCAGCAGAACCACAUCUUUUGAGACAGAGUUACCCAAGGUUGACCUUGAACCCCUCCUCUACUUCCUGAGUGCCCAUUCAUGCUGAGGAAGCACCAACUGAGCCACAUCCCUACCCCCCCCCACAUCCCUACCCCCAAAAUGUAUUUCUUGGAUCAAAACCCAACUAGGUGCCCUGACAUCACACUGGUGGAUAAAGAUAGAGGAAGAGUCCCCAGGCACCCUGGGAGUUGAGGAUGGAACCCAGCUGACCCCUCCACCCAGCAUCAUGACCAUACCUAGCUGCAAGGGAGGCUGGAGUGUGUUCACUCCAGGUUGCCAUGUACCCAGCUAAAAAUCACCAGCUAAGGAAGGGGGUAGGAGGAGCUCGAGAUGAGAACAUUUUGGAGCAUGCAGUAAGCCCUGGACUUUUCCCCUUGACACUCGAAAUGGAGCACCAAAGACAGCCUGGAUCUGUUGGCUGGGAAAGGAGGAGAGUGUGCAUGGAGUCCCUGGCUUUCCCCAGCUCCCAUCCACUCAGGCAUAUCUGCAGCAGCUGAGUCUAAGGCCUCAGAGCACUGUGCUGGGAGCACCAUUGUCUGUGGGGACAAGGGCAUACCUGGAAGGCAGAGGAGCAGGGGACAGGAAGGUGUAGGAGUCACUGGGGAACAUAGAGGCCUUUUGCUUACUGGCCCUGGAGGACUGGACCCCUGAGGAUCAAGAGUGGUUGGUUGCAGCCCUUCCUGAGUUUUGAAUUCCCUCCUCACCAAAGGGCCAACGAGGACAGCAGCUGUGCUCGGGGCUGUUGGAAGAUGUUGGUGGGUGUCAAAGUGAGAGGCUGGCCCUGAAGGAAGCCAGUGGGAGGUCACACUGCUACUUAUGGAAUCUGAAAGCUGCAGUGAACACUACUGGGACUGGAGAGACUGCUCAGUGGUUAAGACACUAGCUGCUCUUGCAGAGGGCCUGGGCUCAAUUCCCAGCGCCCACACGGUGGCUCACAGCUGCCUGUAACUCCAGCUCCAGGAGCCCAACGCCCUCUUCUGGCCUCCACUGGCAUUGCAUCCACAAACACAGACACACAACUAAAAUAUUUAAUUAAAAUGUAAUGAUAGCCAUGCGUGGUGGCUCCUGUCUUUCCUCCCAGCACUCAGGAAACAGAGGCAGGUGAUCUCCGUGAGUUCUAGGCCACCCCAGGCUGCGUAGUGAGACCCUGCCAUUCUGCUGACGCGAGGAAGGAUACAUUCUGAGAUGACUCAGAUGUAGGCCUCACUCAGCUCUGCCCCCUGUGGCAGGAAGAGGAAGCCGAAUGCCUGACAGUGUCGCUUCUUGAGCAGGUGAGGAGCCUGGGCGUGGGGCCUGAGUUGCAAAUCCCCUUUCUAUGCAGCCCACCUGUUGCUUCCUUGUGGGGGGUGUGGAAGAACAUGCUGCUGCUGCUGGACCCUGCUCUGGGUCCUUCGCAUCACUGGGGGACAGACCUGCAGGAAGCUGUGGGGUACAGAGAGCACAGCUCCUGGCCCAGGCCCGGGGAGGCGGGCAGCGCCUCCUCCAGGUGGUCGUGGUGGUCUCCAGGGGAGUGAAUCAUUCUUGCUGACUGUCCCAAGCCCAUGGAUGAUCACUCUGGGUCCAGACCCGGGUACCACUGGGUGCUUCCUUUGUACCUUGUAUUUGUAAAGUGAACACACUGGGGACCCGACAGUCACUUAGAGGAGUAAGUGAAUGAGGCCUGAGUCCUGUAUUCCUGGGGAGGCAAGGCCCUCAAGGGUUAACCAGGAGCCUGCCUGUAGUCUGAGGUAGGCAGGGAGCGUAUUUGUUCAGGUAAAUAAGGAAGGAUUACUUAUAAUAGGAAACCUGGCGGGCCAACUCUCUGUCUUACUUCUGACUUCCUUCCAGGGCAUUCCUGCACUCUGCCUCCUCUCCACUCCGCCUCCCACACCCAGCCCCCGCCCAGCCUGCUGCUGCCCCCCCACCCCAGAUUAGACCUCCUCAUGGUGUCAGCAGGUGGCCCUGAGCCUCCAACAGGAGCCUGCUUAUAGACCCUCAGGCCUGAGCCCUCAGACUUCCCCUCAAGGGUGGAGAGACCCUGGUGGCUCACCUGAGGGUCACCUCUGCCCCAGCCCUGCUGGCCCCACUGAUGUCUGGCUGAAACACGACAGUGGUCGGAACUGCCCAUUGCUUCCUCCUGGUUCCUGAGGUUAGCUCUACGGAGGACAACUCCUGGGACACCAGGUGACUAACAGACGCAGCCGUGAGCCUCAGCAGCAGCAUGGGCAGUGCCAGCCCAGGCCUGAGCAAUGCGUCCCCCGGUUGCCUGCUGCUGUCCCCAGAUGUAGCGCUGCGGACAGGUGUGGAGAAGUCAGAGGAGGGAGCAGUGGGCCCUGAGAAGCGGGAAUGGAGCCCCAGCCCACCGGCCACCCCUGAGCAGGGCCUGUCUGCCUUCUACCUCUCCUACUUUAACAUGUACCCCGAGGACGGCAGCUGGGUAGCCAAGGUACCCGCGGCCAGUGCCAGGGAGGAGCUGCUGGAGGAGCCUGAGCAGUGUCCGGUCAUCGACAGCCAGGCAUCUGGGGGCAGCCUGGACGAACACUCGCUAGAGCAGGUGCAGUCCAUGGUGGUGGGCGAGGUCCUGAAGGACAUUGAGACAGCAUGCAAACUGCUCAACAUCACAGCAGACCCUGGGGACUGGAGCCCUGGUAACGUGCAGAAGUGGUUGCUGUGGACAGAGCACCAGUACCGGCUGCCUCCAGCAGGCAAGGCCUUCCAGGAGCUGGGCGGCAAGGAGCUGUGCGCCAUGACGGAGGAGCAGUUCCGUCAGCGUGCACCCUUGGGUGGAGACGUGCUGCAUGCCCACCUGGACAUCUGGAAGUCAGCGGCCUGGAUGAAGGAGAGGACCUCGCCCGGGGCCCUUCACUACUGCGCCUCCACCAGCGAGGAGGGCUGGACAGAGGGCGAGGUGGACUCGUCAUGCUCAGGGCAGCCCAUCCACCUGUGGCAGUUCCUCAAAGAGCUGCUGCUCAAGCCCCACAGCUACGGCCGCUUCAUCCGCUGGCUCAACAAGGAGAAAGGCAUCUUCAAAAUUGAGGACUCCGCACAGGUGGCGCGGCUGUGGGGCCUGCGUAAGAACCGGCCGGCCAUGAACUAUGAUAAGCUAAGUCGCUCCAUUCGCCAGUAUUACAAGAAGGGGAUCAUUCGCAAACCUGACAUCUCUCAGCGCCUCGUCUACCAGUUUGUACAUCCUGUCUGAGAGCCACAGAGGCUGGAGGCCCACUGCCUGCUCCAGACAGCCACUCUCCUGCUGGCCUGGGCCUUUGCCCAAUCGGAAUCCCCAGAAUCCAAGGUCACAGAGAAGGUCACUUGUAUGGGGCUACACAUGAGCUCUCUGGGUCCCUCUUCAGGUCAUACUGCUCAAGUACACAGACCCCUGGAGGGUCUUGGGAGCUAAGACUGCUCACAAUGGAGAAGUUCCCAUCCCAGGCUUGGACUGUGGGAUUCGUAGAGAACCACCUACAUCACACAGAGACCGGACCAAGGCAACUCACAGGACAAUGACGUUACUGCUUCCUGCCCCUGCCACCCAUCCUGUAACAUGACUGGCAUGGUGCUAAGAAAUGUCUGUACCCUGUGUUGGGGACCCAGGGGUGCCCUAGGAAUGGAUAAUAAACAUACAAGAUAAC